AUGUACGUCUUAUGGUCUAGUAUCUCUACUACCUUCUCUCCAUUGACUGUUUCCUUUCAGUAUACUAAGUACACUUACGCUCAACUCGAUGCUUCUGCAUCUCUCCUUGCACAUCACCUUAAGGACACGGGUCUCGUGCCUCCUCGUGCUAAAGGAGAUGCCACCAGUAAGAUGACGGUUGGCCUCCUUGGGUCCAGUACCAUAGACUACGUCGUCACUGAGCUAGCCCUUUACCGAAUGGGUUACUCUCAGGCUAAAAAUCCCGAAAAGACUACCUGGGAACCAAUACUUAAUUGGAAAGAUGAAUUUUUCUUACCAGUAACAGUCAUUCAUUCCAGUGGAUCUACUGGCUUUCCCAAACCAAUUAUAGCAACGAACAAGGCCGCUAUAGGUAAUUGUGCAAACAAUUUCGGCCUUUGCAGCCUGACUACUCUACCUUUGUAUCAUGGUCAUGGACAUUCCAACUUAUUCCGUGCAAUUCACUCUGCCAAGACACUCUAUCUAUUUCCUACUGGCAGCAUUCCACUCACGUCUGCCAAUGUCAUAAAGUUACUAGGUCAAGCUCCCGACGUGGAGGGACUUUAUGGUGUUCCUUUAGCGCUGAAGCUUCUUGCUGAAACCUCAGAAGGUCUUGCAGUUCUCAAGAAGUUGAAACUGGUCAUGUUCGGGGGUAGUGCAUGCCCAGAUGAACUAGGCGAUUUUCUCGUGGCGCAAGGUGUACGUCUCCUUGGGCAUUAUGGACUAACUGAAAUGGGCCAACUUAUGACCUCCUUCCGAGACUUCGAGAAUGACAAGCUGUGGAACUGGGUGCGAGCCAAAGGCCCAUAUGUAAAGAGUAACGUGAACGAUUUUAUGAGAUUCGAAGAUCGAGGUGAUGGCAAGUACGAGCUCUAUGUCUUGGACGGAUGGCAUACAAAGGUUAUGAGCAACCAACCAGACGGUUCAUAUGCUACCAAGGAUCUUCUCAUCAAGCACCCCACACUACCUGAUGCCUAUAAGUUUGUAGGCCGAAUAGAUGACACACUUGUGAUGGUCAAUGGUGAAAAGACAAAUCCGGUCCCUAUCGAACUCACACUACGCAGUUCACCAUAUAUUGCCGAUGCCAUAAUAUUUGGUACUGCACGGACUCAGAUUGGUGGCCUCAUCCUUCCUACUGAAGCUGCAAAGGAUUUCAGUGCCGUUGAAUUUACAAAUGCUAUUGCGCCGACGGUUGCACUCGCUAAUUCUGAUGCCCCAUCGCACUCUCAGCUUGCGGCUGAGGCUUUAGUGUUCUUACCAUAUGGUACAGUAAUUCCGCGUGCGGAUAAAGGAAGCAUUCUGAGACCAAAGAUCUACAAGGAGUUUGAGAAGACAAUAGACGAAGUGUAUCGGCGCCUUGAGGGUGAACUUGAUGGAGGCAAGAAGACCAAACUAGAAGGGGAAGAAGAAGCCAGACGUUUUGUCAAGAAGCUAAUUGGGGAGACUAUUGAGAGGCCCAUUGACAAUUUGGAGGAUGAUACAGAUUUAUUCGAAUGGGGUUUAGAUUCUCUACAGUCAACCAGAAUUCGUAAUGCUAUUCAGAGAGGUGCUGACCUCAAUGGCAAGAAAUUGUCCUCCAACGCUGUUUUCGAGAACCCAUCAAUAUCCAAGAUUGCUAAACUCAUCGUUGCUUUCACGUCCGGCGAUGAAUCGGAGCUAGGACGCCAGAAUGUCAAGGACAUUAUGCUCAAUCUUGUUGAGAAGUACAGGCAUUUCGAGAUCCCUUUAAAAACGAAUGGAACCAACGGACAUUCGAACGGCGUUCAUUCAUCUCGUGUUGUCGUCAUGACAGGAGUGACAGGGUCGCUUGGCGCCUACCUUCUUGAUGAAAUGAUCGCUGAUCCGUCUGUGGAGACAGUGUACUGUCUAUGCCGCGCAAAGAGUGACACUGAGGCAGCAGCUCGUGUGAAUGCUUCAAUGAAGACCCGUAGAUUGCUCUCUCGAUAUUCACCAGGUGAUGGCCGAGUUGUCGCCCUCGCUUCUGAAUCUGCUGCGGAGAGACUCGGAUUACAGCCCGAUGUAUACGAUGAAAUUGUCAGCCGGGCGACGUUGGUCAUACAUAAUGCGUGGGCGGUCAAUUUCAAUCUUGGAAUAUCUAGCUUUGAAACUCACAUUCGUGGCGCUGUCAACUUGAUGAACCUUGCGCUUGCUUCUCCACGCAAGGCGGACUUCUACUUUGCAUCUUCAAACAGCGCCGUGGCGUCAUGGCCAGGGCCCGAGCCUGUACCUGAAAUUGUGACAAACGACCCAUCUGUCGCACAAGGCCUCGGAUAUGCGCAAUCGAAGUGGGUCACUGAGAAAUUAUGCCAAAUUGCGUCACAGACGACACCUCUACGCGCCGGGGUGUUGCGUAUUGGACAAAUGGUCGGUGACUCUUCAAAUGGGAUAUGGAACGAAACAGAAGCAAUAUCUCUUAUCUUCAAGUGUGCGAACACUGUUGGCGUCCUUCCAGACCUUGAAGAGAACGUUUCAUGGCUUCCGGUGGAUUACGCGGCGAAAACUAUUGUAGAACUCGUUAACCUGCCUCCCUCUUCUCUUCCUGUAGGCGAGCCUCCUGUAUGGCACGUGCUGCAUCCUAAACUGGUCCCCUGGGCUUCCGUCCUCGAGUCUCUCCGACGAACAGGCUUGACAUUCAAAGUCCUUCCCCGGCGCAAGUGGCUUGACGCCUUACAAGAGAGCAGCACCGACGAGGUCCUCAACCCGAGUCGAAAAUUGCUUCAAUUUUACCAGAAUAAAUAUGGCCCGGAGGUGUUGCCCGUUCGAUAUCCUUUGGUGACAGCGCAGACGCAGGCUGGCAGCGAGAGUCUGAGAAAUGCACCGAUAGCCGACGAUGCACUUGUAGCGAAAUGGGUGACUGCUUGGAGACAGACUGGGUUCUUGCAUUGACGAGCUACGAGUGAUGUACAAUUUGUCUUGUGUACCAGUAUGAACCAGGAUCCUUGAGAAUGGCUAUGGUGAGGC